AUGGGGACGCAGAACGCGCAUGUGGCACCAUCGAAGGGAGCCACGAAGCGAAUCACCAAGGCUCAGCUGAUAAACCUCAUCAGACGAAUCUUUGGCGUCGGAGCAGCGCUCAUGUGCUUGACCAAUUAUCUCAGAGCAACAAUUGUCACCUUUGAAGUACUGCGGGGGUCUCCAGUCGAUUCGAGAUCGUUCGGUGCUAUGGAAUCCGAGCUCAUCCUCGGAUAUUUAGGUGACGGCUUAAUUCGUGACAGCUCACUUGUUAAGGACAUCCUAGACGGAGAUACAACCCCUCGUGACUAUGCUCUCUUUCUCGAGAAUGACACUACUACGUCAAUGGAGAAGUGCAGCGGCGUUGAGCUGUUUGAUGCUGACAUUUACAGUAGCAAAUUCCUCCGAGCCAACUUCGCGAGUGUGAUCGCUAGAAGUUCGUACAACCUCACGCAACUAGCUGACUUGGAACUCGUAGUACCUGUCAUUGACUGCACCUCGCCUCCUCUGAUAAAGGCAGACCCGUCGCUGCUGCGUGUGUUCAACAUCGUUCGCAGCAAAAGCAAGCCGACCAAUAUUCAACUGGUUACAACUUCCGUCUCAAUCCAAGACUAUUGGAUCCCAGAAGCGAACCGAAUGGGCCCUGCGAUUGUGACGGCACUCUUUACUGUGAGUGAUAUGAAAGCGACGAAGCUAGAUCAACACAUCGUAAUUGGUUUGGACUAUGCAUUCACACAUCAACCGCUCUACGAAGUGUACAAGCUUGAAGGGUUAUCAGCCGAUGGCUUCUGGAACCUCACAAGUAUCCCAGAGAGUAUCGUCGUGAAUCCGGUUAAGACCGUGCUCACUGCGCGUCGACGUGGAUUUUACUUGGGAGCUGAGUCGGAGCAGUCGAAUAUCCGGAACCUCAUCUGGAAUCUGGAGAAAACUAACCCGGUGCGAGCGAUUUCGCGAUGGGAAUGGAGAGGCCAACCUCUCAUCUUGGACUCGUGGGCUUGGGUUCAUGGCAUUCAUCUGGUCUUCUGUGUACAAACCAUAUUCUCAUUGAGUGUUCUUUCACUCAUUGUGUAUCGGAAUGUACGCGAUGGCAAAGUCUGGAUCGGCGAUUCCUUUGCCUCUUUAUCGAACAGUACACUCAUGGUUCGAGGUCUGCUUGUCUUUGCCUCUUGGUAUGUGAAUGGAGAAUGGACACUUCUGGAGUUCUGCAUCUCAAACGCCAACGAUCUUACAGGCACUCAGCUGGUGCCAAUCCACUCGGAAAUUGUCCACGCAGAUCUCAUGGUGAUGUUUCUCAGUCUGUUUGGACUCGUCGGGCAUAUUUUCAAAGAAAGGAUCGACCCUACGAUCGGUGUUUUCCUUUAUGAAGCCAUCCACGACAACCGCCAGCCUAUCGUAAAGAUGGCACCUGCAAUACUUAAGACCGUUCGCGCCUACUCGGACAAAGAAUACCGCCUAGGAAUCGCUACAGUCACCGAUUUGCAACGUGAAAUGUCGCCCAUGAGACUUUGGACAACUGACAAGCUCACCAGCGUUGACAACAAGUUUAUCGUGGCCUCGUUCUACCCCAAGUAUAUCCUCACCGGAACGUUGAUUUCUUUCGUCGUAGUGCGUAAGAUCUACAAGAAAAUCUACCCGGACCCGCUCGCUCCAAGUCUUACUGGCAGAAGCGUCGAUCGAUCCACAAACGAGCGAGCUGCGAUGGCUCAGAAAGGGAAUCUCACCAACUUUGAGCUCUCGACAGGUGCGGAGCUUCAGGCUCGCUACGGUCUCAUCUCGGACUACAAGAAUUACGUCUUCUUCAAAGGUUUGAAGUUUGCGUCGCCUGACGGUGUCUACUGCUCUGGCUACGUGAUUGUCAACGGUAAGUACCUCGUGGCCACCGAAGACUUACUGACGAUCAGUAUGAUCAAGGCCGUCCAGACGCGCUUCAUCAAUGUCUAUGCCUACGAAGUGGAUGGCUACACUGUUCAACGCACAGCGAGACUCGUGUACCCCAACACCUUCUCGUGGAACGACCUCUUCCACCUCAAUAUCAACAUCCUAGCGUAG